UUUGACAAAGCCCUUACCAUCAGUACAGAAACUGGCGAAAGAAAUUGUGAAGGAUGGUGCUACGCAGGCCUUGCAGAUGUGUUUUAUUCGUUUCAUGACUACCAGAAGGCUACAGAACUAUACGAAAAAAUGCUAACUAUCAGCAUGAACGUUGGUGAUAAGAGAGGACAGGGAUUGAGUUACCUAAGACUUGGAGAUGUUUCUCUAUCGCUUGGAAAUUAUGACCAAUCGGAGAAAUUCUUUAACAAAGCGCGCUCGAUGAGCAGCAAAAUUAGAACUAUAUGAUUUACUUUGAGAGCCUCCUCGGUAUUACUCGAGUAAAGAUGUCGCAAUCAAAGUUAGAGGAUGCAAUGCAGUAUCUUCGUCAAAGUAUUGAAAUUUAUGAAAAGUUGCGAAAUUUUCUCAAAGGAAACGAUGAAUUUAAAACGUCUCUCUUGGAAGAGCACGGUAAUUUCCCCUACAAGUUGUUGCGUAAAAUGCUGUGUGACAACGGACGCCUGCGAGAUUCUCUCAACGUGGAGGAGCUGAGACGUGCUAGAGGCCUUGCAGAAUUAAUGGCGGACAAACUCUUAACUGAAAGCCACAUCUCAACUGAUUCAACAUAUCGGCCUGGGAUCGAGAGCAUUGUGAGUAAAGAGAGCAAUUGUGCUGUUUUGUACAUUUCAUAUUGUGAACGACAUGUUCAUCUGUGGGUCUUAAAAGCAAAUGGACACAUUGACCAUCGAGUGAGCCCCGAAAUAAAAAUCGACACCCUAAUUGAUGCAUUCGUUUGCGAUGUGGAGGAUAUUUUUAAAAAGAGUGCCUCCAGUUUCGGAAUUUUACUUAAUGAGAAUUGUGAAGAUCGAUCUCUAGGUGACGACACUUCCUUGUCUCCUCAAGAACAGAGCCGUGCACCUUUGCAAGGUGACCAAAUCAAACGGAACGAAAGUAUUCUUCAGUUGUGCUAUGACCAAAUUAUCGCUCCUGUAAAAGAUUUACUUACAGAGCCUGAAGUCAUCAUUGUGCCUGAGAAGUGUUCCUACCGAGUCCCUUUUGCUGCCUUACGGGAUGAGCCAGCAGGAAAGUAUUUAUCAGAAACCCACAGAAUCCGCAUCGUCCCUUCUCUCACGACUCUCGGGAUCAUCCAGGAAUGUCCAGCGGACUACCACAGUCAGACAGGUGCACUGGUAGUGGGUGAUCCUAAGGCUGGCCAAGUGCAAUACAGAGGACGUACUCUGAACUUGGAACCAUUGUCCGGUGCAAGAAAGGAAGCAGAAAUGGUUGGUCGACUUCUGGGGGUUCAGCCUUUGUUAGGAGAACACGCAACAAAGCAGGCGGUACUUCACGCACUUCAUUCAGUGAGUCUAAUACAUCUUGCUGCUCAUGGUCAUGCCGACAGAGGAGAGAUUGCCCUUACCCCUAAUUGUGUUACGAACGGUAUUCCACAAGAAGAAGACUACCUUUUGACAAUGCCCGACAUUUCAAAGGUUAAGCUGCGUGCUAAAAUGGUCGUACUUAGUUGUUGUCACAGUGGGCGUGGAACCUUCAAACAGGAGGGAGUCAUUGGAAUCGCCCGCGCAUUCCUAGCAUCUGGUGCACGUUCAGUGUUGGUGGCAUCUUGGGCCAUACAAGACGAAGCAACAGAGCAGCUCAUGAAUCAUUUCUACGAACACCUGGCUGCUGGAGAAAGUGCCAGUGAGUCCCUUCACCAGGCCAUCAAAUGGUUGAGAAGCAACGGCUUCACCGAACCUCGCCAAUGGGCACCAUUUGUACUGAUGGGAGACAACGUGACAUUUGACUCACAGAAAUUAAGGUAA